AUGAUGAUGGUGAUGACACUUCCCAUCAUGCUAGUGAGCCUUUUCAUGAGCCACCACAUUCAGCUGCUUCACCAUAAACUGAUUCACCCUCCGGUAACCCCCAACAAAAUGGCUAAACCCUCAACUCCUAUAGCUCUUAGUGCCUCACCGUUUGCUUCUUCACCUGAUGGAACUUCUAUUAUUGUUGGCGAUUUAGCAUUUAAAAUGAAAAAAGCUCUACAAAGUUUGACUAAAGGGUAUACAAUUCCUCAAUGUUUAGAGAGGUUAGAGGUGCUUCAGUUAGGCCCUACAGAUCCUUUACGCUUUGUUGCAUAUCAUAUUUUUGGAGGGACCAUGAACACGAGAGAGAUGUGA